GUAAAGCUACCAACUGAUUACAAUGAUGUUACUUUUAUUUACAAAUAAGAAUUAGAAAAUUCUGUGAAUCGAAAUCAAAUCCGAUCCGUGUGUGCGUGACUGAAAGAGGUUUUAAGCCAUCGCUGAAACGGGAUAGCGAGAGAGUCAAUUUGUAUUACACCUUCGGGCCAAAAGAAUGCUUCUGUUUUUCUUCGGUGAUCGGUGGUCUGGUUCAAAAUAGUGAAAAUACGGUCUCAAAUUUGCCGCAAACAGCCACGAUGGAUGUCGCCCGGUACGCCUAUGGCCGGGCAGUAUCCGGAAUAUACAGAAGACAGUACCGGUAGCUCUUUGGUGCACUGUAUUACAUAUGUUCCUACCAGUGGACGUCGUGUAAGCAGCAACACACAGGAACGCUUGCCAUUUUUGAUGCUACUAUACACAAAAGCAAGUGUGUCCGAAAUUCGGCUGAGGAGACGUGACCUCCCCCGAUCAAGAGAAUCAGUGUGUCUUAUCUUCGGAAAAUUCCGCAAUUAGCACCACAUCAUGGGCAUUCUGGUCGGCAUCGUUGUCGAUGUGAACUUUUCCCUUCCCAUGAAUGUAUAGAAAGUGUAAGCCCUCAGUUUUCUCCAUCAUCAUCCAUCGUAGGCUUGCAAAAGGUUUGCGAUUAAUAUUGUACGUAGUUUGUAACUUUAUAAGAAUAUCGUGUAAAAAGUGAAAAUGGCCGGAGUACCAGUUUCAUGUGAAAAUGAUCCAAAUUUUGGAAUCAUUUUAUCGUUCGUGGAACAAUUUGGUCCAUUGCUGGACAUCGGCGAAUUUAACAUAGCCGAGUUAAAGUCGAUGCUGGAGAAUAGUGAAACUGUUCCCCAAGCACUGGCCGAUCUACACAUUAAGCUGAUGCGUAAGAUUAAUAAAAAAGUACCAGCCGCCCGCUGGGAGCUUGCGUUAGCCAAGUAUGCCCAUUCCUACUCGCAUCAGGAUGCAUGGGAAAUCGAAAGAUUUGGUUAUAAAACGGCCAAUUUGGCGGUGAAAUUACGGGUGUUAAAGGCUCUUCUGGAGGGCCAGUUUGAUUUGAAUACAAAGUUCAAAACGCAAAUCAAUACUACCGGUGCCAGCGAGCUACGACUGGAUCCACUGGGACGGGACAGGCAGGGUAAUUGCUACUGGUACUUUAUGGAUGAAACUGCAAAUCUACAAAUAUACCAAUCAGACGCCGAAAUGGAAACCUGGACCCUGGUGGCAAGAAACCGAGACGAAUUUGUCAAUAUGAUUGAAAUGUUGAAGGACAACCGCCCGAUCGAACCACUUCCCGCUGGGAAUGCGAUGGAAGAGGAAGACGAGAGUGCCGGUAGUGCGAGUGAUUCGGAGGCUCUGAAGCUUGGCUCAAUUCUCGCACCGUCGGAAACGCCACCGAGUUUGAUUAUAUCGCGUCGUACAUACAAAACGAACGACAAGAUUAAUGCGUCGGCUACGAUCGAGAAGGAAGUAAAAGUUGAUGAUGUUACAGAGCGACCGAGCACCAACAAUGUGACUGUUGCAGGAGCUGAUGUGGAAAUGAAAUCCGAUGAACCAUCUAUCGUGGCCGAGUCCGAUGUCGGGCAGGAAAACACUCCUACGGCAGAUAAAAGAGAAGGUGCCGGACAAGAGACGGAAACUGUCGCUGCUACGUCUUCUGUUGAAAUGGAAAAAGAAGCAAAUGCAAAAGAAAUGCAAUGUGAAGUAGAUUCGAAGAAGGAAGAACUGUCGAUUAAAAUGGAUCCUCCAGAAGGAAAAAAAAGCACCGAUGAUUUCGAAGAAUCAAAUGCGAACGAUAAGUGCAUUAAGUCGACUGAACCGGAAACAGUAGAAGAAGUUCAUGAAAAAACUAAGAGCCCAGUUGGCAAAGGGAUGGAUGCAGAUGAUCACGAAAAGACAGAACCGAUUGUAGAGAAAAACAGUGAUGAAAAAGAGACUGAAGAACGGCAGGAUUCUCCCUCGACCAACGAAGGUGCCGCUGACGAUUGUACUGAAAAACAGUCGGAUGAUGUAUCCAAAACAUCGUUUCCCCCCGAACCUAUUCACGCAACGCAAGAUAAGAAAGUGGAUGUUGAAAAUGAAUCGGUCGCAGAAGAGGUGGCAGCAAAAGCGAUCAUUGGCGAAUCGAUCGAAGAUCCUCCGCUCGUAGUUCGUGGUGAAGGGAACGGGGCAGAAUGCGAUAGCGGUAUCGUACCAAUGUUCAGCGAGGUCAUUGAGGAACCCAUGAUGUUUUUCUACGGGUUAGGGGCCGGGAUGGAAAAUGGUAUGGGCAAUACGAAAAAAGUUGAGCCUACACUAACAGUACCGGGCGGUGCUACGACGGUAAACGAAAAGACCCCGGUACCGUCGAAAGCGGGAAAUGGUGAGCGCAAUUCCCCGAAGGAACAAAGCAAGGAAGAAUGUAGCAAAUCCUCCCCCAAGGCCUCCUUUGUUCAUUCGGAUGGCAGUGGCUCGAAUAAGGGCGAGAAGGAAAAGGAAGAAAAAGAAGUUCCCUGUAAUGAUAAUGGUGGAGACAAUUACGAUAAAACCUCGUCUAAGAACGAGGUGUCUGCCAAAAACAGUGAUGAGAUAGACAUGGGCGAACGGGCUGCAGAAGACGACUGUGCGGAUGACGAUGGUGAGGCAAUGGAAUUGUCGCAGAAAAAAAGAUCCCGCAAACCAUUGAGUGUGGAAAAGAGUCCAAAAGUGAUGAGCACCGUGCGCGGCAAGAGAAACUCGGAAAAAUCCGACGAAACAGAUUCACCUAAUGUCAGCGUGGUGUUGCCUUCUGCAGUGGAAUUAACGCCCGAGAAACCGGUGGAAAAGAAACGAGGAUCACGUAAAAGCAGCACUCCGAAGAAGGCGUUAGAUUCAAUCUCAGCUACGGCAAUUGUAAUGCCGGAGCCAAAAGAGCUGGAAGAAAAAGUGAAGCUAGAAUCUGAAGGAAACCCCGAACCCGUUGGGGAAUUACGGGCUGAUAUUAAACCUGGUAGUAUUGAGCUGGAACAAAAUGGCGAUCACUUGCAUCGGCCGCAAUCUACUUCACCAGCUGAAGACAAUAGUAGCACAGUUAAGAAAGAAGCAGAAAGUGACAAAGUACAGAGCAAAGAUGAGAAAAGCCCCGAAGACUGUAAAGGAAAGGAAAGCAAAUCAGAUUUAAAGAAGUCAACGGAUGUGGCAGCGCUUCCCGGAAUCGUCAAGUCCGAGGUGGAUUUGGGUAAAUGUGACCAAAGCCACACAACAAGUAAAGUAUUGGAAUCAAGUGAAUCGAAUACAGCAACGCUACCCGUAAAAGCUGAACCGGUGAAUGAACCCAAAAAAUCAAUGGAAGCGAGUGGAGAUGUGGUUACAGAAGGUACGCCACAGCCGGAUGGAGAAAGUCCAGCAAAACGCAAACGUCGUCAACGGAACGGUUUAGUCGACGGUCUAGAUAUAUCAAUGGUACUGGAUGCCGGAUCCGACGGGGGAAAUAAUCCGCCUGUGCGCCAAUCGCGCCGUAUCGCGAUGCAGAAAAUCAAGGAGGAAACGAACCGACGGCAGAUCGAGGAUGAGAUGCUGAAGAAGAUGAAAGCGGAUGCGGUCAGGAAGAAGAAAGAUCUCGGGAUGCACAUCUCGGACGACGAGUACCGGCGGACCGAGUCGACGCCGGAGCAGUCAGACAGCAGCUCGUCGGAUGGCGGUGUCGGUGUGGAUGGUCGAAGGCGAAAAAAGAAAAAGAAGAAAAAGGGAAACCUUCAGCAGCAAUUGCAGCAGCAGCAGCUACUGCAGGCGCAGCUGCUCAAGAAGCAAACCACCUGGAAUAGUGCCACGUCACCGGAAAGCAGCUCGGAGACGGAGGCGGAGGAUUACUUUGCUGAACCGUACCAUUCGGAGGAAGACGUUCGACGGAGCAAUGCGGUGUUGAAGUCGGAUCACGAGUUUUCGCCCGAGUCCGACCUGGAGACGGAAGCGCCAGCGCAACCGUUGAAGCGAGCGCGUACCGCGCGCAAGGCCAGGCGCAAGCGUGAAGUGACGGCAGCGUCGGACGAGGACGAUGAGGAUGAGGACGACGAAGACGAUGGCGAGGACCAUGCGUGUCAGCAGUGUAAGAAAACGGACCAGCCGGAGUGGAUACUGUUGUGCGAUACUUGCGACAAGGGUUACCACUGCGCGUGCUUGAAACCGGUGCUCUUCACCAUCCCCGAGGGCGACUGGUUUUGCCCUGUGUGCCAGCAUCGGCAGCUGAUCGAGCGGCUGCAGUCGAAGCUGGUGCUGUACGAUGCGCUGCAGGCGAAGCUGGCAGCUGAAGCGAAGAGGCGCGAGGAGGAGGAACAGUGCGCAAGAGAGGCGGAGCUGGCGGAGCAGGCACUUGAGAAGGAACGUGAGGAGCAGCUUCGGGCACAGAAGCGAGCCCGCCAGCAGCAGCGUUUGCUCGAACGGGGAGGCAAUGGUAGGCAACGUUCCGGCUCGCGAUCACCAUCGUUGGAUUCGUCUCGCGAGCGGCGCCGCCGUAGGCAGCGUCAAAGGAAUCGAAGGGGAUCAAAACGACGCCGUUCGUCUCGAUCACGCUCCGGAGACGGCGAUGGGAGCCGAUCGAGUGGGUCGGAUGAUGACAGUGGUAGCCGCCGCGGUAGUGGCAGUGACGGCAGCGGAAGCUGUACUGAUUCGGAUGACAUGCCAAUUUAUAAGCAUCUGCGGCGUCGCGCAUCGACCAAGGUGAGCUAUAAGUUCAACGAGUACGAUAGCCUCAUCGAUUCGGCGAUCCGGCGCGAAAUGCGCGACUGCGAGAUACCGAUGGAUGUGGAUCGAGACGAAGACGACGAGGAUGACGACGCUGGACACGGGUUUUCUAAGGGCAAAGACAUUAGCACUAUCAUCGAGGCGACAGCACGGGACGAGGAAGCCCGAAAGCGGGCGCUCCAAAUAGUGGAUGAAGAUACAGAGGAGGAGGAAGAUAAAGGCACGGCUGCUGACCAAGUGGUCAACGGUUCGUCGCAGGUUCGUGCUAAGAACGAUGAUGCCCGUCCCACCAGUCCAGCGCCGGAUGCUGGUGGUGAGGUAAAGAAUACAGCAGCUGCGGUAGUGCGGCAAGAUCGAGCACCUAAGCCAGCGGUAGCAAACAAGAAGGCACGAAAGAAGAAGAAAAAGCUAUGCAAAAUUGAGCUUAGCUCGGAGGAAGAGGAGGACGAUUCGGACGAGGACUUCCGCGGUGAGGUAAGCGGUUCGGACGACGACGAGGAGGAGGACGAUGACGAUGAGGAUGAGGACGAGAACAGCCUAUCGGGGGAGAGCGAAAGCUCGUUGGACCUUGGACACCAUCGUAGGCGGAACGAUCGAUCACGUAAACCGAGCUCACGGGCGGCGGCCAAAAAGCGUCGGCGAAUCGUGGAAAACUCGGACGACUCCGAGGACGAGGAGGAAGAACGGCGUAAGGAGAUAGCGAAGAAGAAUCGCAAGAACCGGCGUAUGCUGGACGACAGCGACGAAGAGCUGGAUCUGGAAGAUGACGAUGAGGAGGAUAGCGAGGACUACGAUAGCGACGAUCUGUGCAGUGACACGGAGACGGAGAGCAGCCGCAGAAGCAGUGACAGCGGCAGCAAUGGCACCAGCAGCAGUAGCAGUAGCGCCAGCACGGAAGGUGACUGGCGCCGGAAGAAGAAGAAAAAGACGAAGGGUGGUGGGAAGUCGAAGGCAAAAUCGACCCCCGCCUCCGGUGGGGGAUUGGGCAGUGGCAAGCAUAUCGAGCGGCCGAAGAAGACACCCGCAGCGAAGACGAUGGAUUCGAGCGGAGUGGAGGAGGAGGAGGACAGUGCCGAUAGUGAUAGUGCUGGGAAGGGUGGUAAAACGAUGCCUCGAAAGUCGAGCAAAAAAUCUGCCACACCACGCAGUUCCGAGUCGGGUGGCAAGAAGGACACGACAGGUGGUGGAGGGGAGAAAAAGUCGGAUCGGAAAACGCGCGGCAAAAAGAUCCACUACAUCGUGGAUGAUGACUUCGAGAGCUCGGAUGACGGCAUACGACCUGGUGUGCAGCGACCUGACACGCCUCCGGAAGAGCGUGAACAGUUCAUCCGGCGGCAGGAGGAAAUCAAGCGCAUGCUGGCCGAGAACAAUGCGGCCAAGGCGAAGGAAUUGGCAACGUCAAGGAUCGAUCAGCUGGUGGGAGGUCGUAGCGGCGGGUCUAAGGAUUCGUCUGCAAAGGAUUCGCUCUCGGACGUGCCGAUGCAGGUGAUCGAAAGUGCGCGAAUCCUAGACAUUGACUUUCUCAAAAGCACCAGCGGCAAUACGGCCCGCAUCUCGACCGUCGACUCGGUGGUGGACUUUGACGAUGAGCUUCCGGAGGACUUUGAUCCGGACGAUGAAAUGGAUGAUGAGGCGCUGGCAAAGAUCAUGGAAGAGGAAGAUUUUGCGCACCAUCAGCUGAAAGCACCGGGCGUCGGCGUGCCCCCGCCACCACCGUCCGCUGAUUUGCUCCCACCCAUUCUUUCGGUUCCACCGGUGGCUAAAACAAAUCGUCGCAAAUCGAUUCCGGAUCCGAGCGAGGUACUUCUUUCUCAGCGCGCACGUAACACGACGGAUCCAUCGGCAGUGGCAACGGUAGGGCGUAAGGAUCAACAUCCUUCUUCGCUGGGGCCGGUCAAUCUUGCCGCUCCGGCGAGUCUACCACCACCGCCUCACGUGCAAAGCCCGGUGAAAGCCUUACUAAAACCAACCGGAAUCCCAACGUCCGCUAUCAUGCCCCCGAUGAUAGGUGCGCCUCCAGGAUCAGGAGGUUCCAAUACGAUUCUUGCAAACGCACUGCAAACCUCCGCCCCACAUGCUGCACACCAUCACCAUCCACCAACGUUACCUCCGCCACCGCUCCUUAAAGAAACCCCACAUCCAGGUAGACCGUCGGAUGUGUUGAUGAGGAGUCUGACGGGACAACCGCAUCCGGUGCCGCCGGGCAGUCUACACCACAAACCGUCCGAACUGUCGCACCUGAUGGCCGGACUCGGAGGAAGUGGCAUACCUUUACCAUUGGCCAAGGGAGGUGGACCUGCAGGCGUACCGAUGCCGUCGUUGCCACCACAUUCGCAUCAUUCCGGCCACCGUUUGCCACCGGUCGGCUUGGGCAUGCCACCGACCGGAUUGGGUCUUCUAGGACAUGGUCCACCACCACACGCACCCCAGCUGGGACUGCAUACGCCGACGAAACUACCUCCAGGAGGACCUCCAACGACGGCCGGCGUUGUGCCACAUUCUGCCUCCACCGUUGCAGCAGCAGUAGCGGCAGCUUCGGCUGCGGCUGCGGCUGCAGCCGCCAUUGGUGCUGCUGGUGGCAGUGCCUCCGCUCUAGGAGGACCGACGGCUGCUGGAACCGCCACCGCUGGUACGCCCACGUUGACAGUUCCGGGAGCUGAACGCCGACCGGGUCGGCGAAAGAAGAUUACACCGUUGCGAGAGGAUCUUAAGCGAAGGGGAAAUGUGCCACCAGCCGGUCCACCCGGGUCGCAACCACCUCCUCCGCCUCCAGGUGGUGCCAAUGAGCAGCUUCCUUCAGCAGUUCCUUCCGCUGCCCAUCAGGAGCAACAUCAACGGCCACCACCACAACACGCAUCACAGCAUCAUGGCCACAUGGUUCGGUUUCCUCCAACCCAUGCACCACCACCCGUUUCGGCAGCUGCUUCCCCAGUUGGACUGCGCCAUCCGCUACCAUCGGCCACAAGUAUCCACAGUAGCACGGCUCAUCAAAGUGCAACAGCAAUGGCCGCUGCGGCUGCCGCUGCCGCUGCAGCACAGGAGCUAGCAAUCAAAGUACAUUCCCGGCCGGCUGACGGAGGCGCUAGUGCUGGUGGUCCCGGGAUGCUUGUGAACGACCCACCAUUGUCGGUUCCAUCUUCGGUAGCACAUUUGUCGUAUUUAUCGGAGAACCCACUGUUUGCACAUCGUCUCGGCCCUUUGCCCAGCAGUAUUCUUUCAUCCGGCAGUAGUAGUUUGCAGCGAAUAGCAGCUAUUAGCGGCGCGGCAGGCCCGCCAACCGUGUACGGAGAUCCGACCGCGUAUAAUGGUGGAUGGAAGCCGCCUCCACCGGGGAGCAGCAAAAUAAAAUCGACUGGCAGCUCGCAACCACCGCCGCAUCCGCCUGGUAUGAUGGUGGGACCACCAUCGAUUGGAUCGCUGGAGCAUUACCAUGAGUACAACCCGGCGAAUCAUUACAAUCCGUACUACAAUGUUCUCGAUCGAGCACAUCUGAGGCCACCGCCGACUAUCGGGGAACUGCAUAGGACCAGCACUCUAUCGCCGACUACCUUUACUACGUUGCAACCGCUCGAGUUUCAGCACGUAUUGAAAACGAGUGGUGACAACCAUCAUCACCAUCAUAGUGCAACUUCAUCCCCAGCAUCUACGGCAGGUGACGAUGUAGGAGGUGGUAGAGGCUCGGCAGGUAGUGUGGAACGUUUGCCACCACCUCAUCACGGCGCUGGGGGUGGCGGUGCAAGUGGUCCCCCACCACCACCACAUCCCCCUUCAGUACCGGCAGCAUCGGAUUCAACACAACACCCGUCGUUAGUGGAAACAUCCUCUCCACCACCCGCGGCACCGGCAGCUACGGCGUCUGUUGCACCUGCGUCACUGUUGCCACCGUCUGCAGGACCGGCAGCGGCCAGUACGACAGCUUCCACAUCAUCGAGCACGAGUACCAGUGUUUUCGGCGAGCUUGUAAGCUACUUCAGUUCCCAGCAGGAUGAUUUAGAUUCAUAGUGUAUUUAAACCAACGGCAAACUCUGUCAAGAGCAAUAGAGAUAGAAAGAGGACCGGCCGAAGAAAAACAUGAGAUGGAUUAAGAUAACUGUAAUGUAACCACAAAAUCAAACAAAUCCUCUCUUAUAAUUAUUGCUUAAAAAAUGGAUAAUAGCCCCAGCCUCGCCGCAAGCAAGGUCAUCUUUAGUAUCGGUCGUCGCUUCUGUGGCCCCAACAAACCCGUAGUUUGCGCCAUUCUCUGUCAGGACAUCCUUGGCUAGUGAUUGCUGACCGGAGGGGGAUCGCGCCACAGAAGGCGAUUAGUAGAUGAAAAUAUAUUUGUUUGUACUAAUGAAUAAAGUAAUGAUAUACUCACCAGCGCCGUAAGAUUGUCCACAUAUAGUGUGGGCAUAAGGGUGCCAGCGAAUGCUAUAGAAUUA